AUGUCAGAAAACGAACUCGUUUCUCAAACAGAAGAAUGCCUAGCGGAAUUACCUUUUUCUCUUAUGACUACUGAAAUGGUAGAGAGGAUUUGGCAAGCUGGCUUCUACGAAGAGGAUGGAGACGAAUCUGAAAUUUCAAUCCAAGACGUCAAGCCAUAUCUCAAUGCUAUGUUGAAUUUUCUUCAGUGCUGCCAUCGUUGGAUUAACGAUGAUCAAGACAGACAAAAAGAACGAAUAGACUUCUGGAUAGUGUUGAAAAAUAGUGGAAUAUCCGUUAAAGUCCUGUUGACUUUUCUUUCUACCAUCAUCAGAUUCCAUUCCAAGACAAAUAUUGAGAACAUGAACAAUUUGGCCGCCGUGCUAGCAGCAAAUAUCUAUUCUGCAUUGAUUAAUGUUCAUGGUAGUAGAGCUUACAAAGUAUUUCAACCUGCUCUUAUACAAAGUGCGAUGAAUUUGCUCAAAUACUGGCCCGGCCUUAAAAACCUAACAGCUAAGAAAUCUAAGAAGAAAUCUCGAGUUAAAGGAAGCAGAAAGCGUAAAAUUGAUGAAGACUUUAGUGAUGGCAAUGAUGAUUUGAUGGAUACGGACAGCAAUAGCCAAGAUGUAGAAUACGCUCAGUCUGACGCCGUAGUGCACUUUUCUUACUCUUCACAAGACCUAAUGAUUGCUUUGUUGCAGACCAUUGAUAAAGCAUUAGCUGGAACUAAUGUCUCCCUUAAGGAUUUUCAAGAAUGCUUUAAUGGUACUCUACAUUCACUAAUUGAACUUACUCGAUUGCCUGACCGUAAUAUGUCUAAAACGUUCGACUGGAUACUGCACAACAGUUCUCCACAUACAGAAACUGUUACAAAUCUCAUUUUUAAGGCCUUAAGUAGAUUAAUUUUGCCCCAACAUGGAGAUCCCAAAGAAAAUAUAAAUAAGGUGUCGAACCGCAUCUUUGGUUUAGAUUUGAUACAGUGUAUGCUGGAGCGGUUCGCAGUUAUUGUUGACGGACUACAAGACAACCCGCAAGAUUUUACCGCAAGUUCAUUAUUACGAAUAAUAAUAUCCCGCUGUCUUGACAAAGCGUCAUCAGUUCGUUCCAAAGCUUUAUCUGCUGUUGCUGCUUGUGCGCGUUUAGAGUGUCGAGUUGUUUCAGAAGCUAUAUGUGAAGCAGCGGUUAGUAAAAUUACCGUUGUCACUAAAAUUGUGGAUGAAAGCCACGAAGUAACGGAACGAACAACAGCUCGAUUUGGAGGUCCAACAUCUAAAGUAAAUUUGCUAGACGUUGUCAAACGGCGAAUGGGUGAUGAGAAGCCAGGAGUGCGUAAAUGUGCUAUUCAAGCGCUGGAAAGUUUAUUGAGCCUUGAUUUACAAUCAAUGCGGUCAGAGCAGGAUUUUUCCACCAUCUGCGAUCGUUGCCGAGAUGUAUCUGUCUCAGUGCGUAAACAAGCGAUGUUAUCAUCGACGUGUCUUCUCGAAAGAUGCCUUGGCAAUGAAAUUUACAGAAGAUUUUACUUUGAGAGAGCUUGCAGUCAAUGGUGCAUUGGAGGCAAAAUAUCUGCAAAUGAUGUUAAUCGGUUAUUCCGUCAAGAUUUUGACGAAUUCAAACAAACUUCUUGGUGGUUAAUUUCAGUGACAGCAUCGUAUAUCACCAGCUUUAAUCCAACCUUGGUUGCUGAUUUUUGGCUAGAUAAUGAUGACUUUUUUGGUAGGGACGAUAUUUUGCAUUGCUAUGUGUUGCAAACGAUUAGCAACGUUGCUAACCGUCUACCCGUGGAAAAAUAUCAACUUGUAUAUAGCAAAUUACAGCGAGAACUACAAAAAUGCCGUUGGACUCCUAAUUUAAUAUCAGCUGGAAUAACAGUAAUCCAUAAGUUUAGCGAAUCCGAAAUGGGAAUUUCUAAGAUUGAAAUUAAGCAAUGGAGUAAAGCCAUUAUGCAAGAGUGCUGUAAACAUAUAUGUCGCAUUUCUGAAACUAGAUCCUUAGAGGCAUCGGCUCUGGAUAAUGCUAUUAAUCGAAUCUUUUUAAUUGGAGAAAUCUCUAUGGUUAUACCUGACUCCGUUCCUAGUGCCAUCUUUUCUGUGUUGCAGAAGAUUGUUCAAGAUAAUUCAUUUUCAGUACCGCAUUGUCUUCGAGCACAUGCCGUUAUAACCCUUGGUAAAUUGUGUUUACAAAAUGAAGAAUUGGCAAAGAAUUGCGUUUCUACGCUAGCUCAGUGCCUGGAUUCUUCAAAGGACGGAGCGUUACGAAACAACAUUAUCGUGGUGAUGUGCGAUCUUUGCAAACGAUAUGCAACUCUAAUUGAUGCCUAUGUAUUGAACAUUCUUGCGUGUCUGAGGGAUUCAGAAUCGUUAAUAAGAAAGCAGACACUUACUCUAGUUACUCGAUUGUUACAGGAAGAUUUCUUGAAAUUGCGUGGAAAUACAUUCUAUUGCAUUGUUGUGGCACUCGUUGAUCAUGACUCUGAUGUCAGAAAUAUUGCUGAAUUUUGCCUAUCAAAUUUAAUAUUGUCGAGGAAUCCUUCGAUAUUUAUGAAUAACUUCAUCGAAUGUAUCUUUAGCCUCAAUGACUGUGCAUCUCAUCCAGAUUACAAUAGAAUACAGUAUAGAGAGCGUGAAAGAAAGUUAUUCUCCAUUAAAGGCGACAAUGGUACUCAAAGAAGUCGAAGACAACGAAUUUAUGAAUUUUUGUUAAGCCAUAUGCCUGAUGAACAAAAAUUUCAUCUAAAUGCGAAAAUUUGCCAAGAGGUUCUAGGUGCUUUUGUUGAUGAAACAAUGCAAUUGAAUGAAAUGACAUUUAAUGUCCUGAAGGAUACAUUUACUAUUCUGAGAAGCAAGGAAAUUAAACUAUCGUCUAUGAAAAACAAUGAUGUUAAUGAUCUCCUUGAUGAAGGCGAUUUAGCUGGCGCUGCAAUCGCUACUGCAAAGUCUAAGAUUUUAACACAAGUUACAAGAAAAAACACGAUCGAGAAUAUUGUACCUAUCAUUGUAGCCGUCAAAAAACAGAAUACUUCCAUAUCAACACCCGAACGUACUAACCAUCCAAAUACUAGCAUAAAUGCUACCCCACGAUUAAGCGCCCGACGGCAUAAUAAUAGUUUCAAUACGCCUGCUCUUACUCCGGCUAGAGUCAGAUGUAUUAAUAGAAUGAAUAAUACAAAUUCGGAUCAAUUACAAAAAACACCUGUUACUUCUCGACGUUCACAAGAGUAUUCAAGCGAUGCUGUAGACAUACCGAAAGAAAAUGAAAGAGCAAUUAGUACACCAUGCGGACAAGUUUCUCAAGUAAGUUUCGGAACAGUAAUGUCUUCGUCAAUGGCAACCAAUAAAUCCCCUAUGCCUACUAAAAUUCCAUUGAGAUUGUACAAUAAAGAACAACCAAUAAAGGAGCAAACGUCAAAUGAAUCGACAGAUGUAGUCUAUCUAUAUUCUCCAGAACAACCACUUCCGAAACCGAGAAAAUGGAAUGUACGCCAAUAG